CCGCCCGGCAGUCCCCCUCCAGGAAAUGCCUCCAAUGAGAUUCAACCGAUUCCAGGAUUCUCCACGCCCGACGCCGUCGCCAUGGCCGAAAAGGCGGCGCUCCUAGCGUUCGCGAAGGCGUUCGACAACCAUCCGGUGUUCUUCAAGUGGGGGUCGUGGGCGAACAUAUCGCUCGGCAUGAAGUACGAGAUGUCCAAGCCGUGCGUGCAGUUCUGGCAGUGGAUCACGUGCGACAUCGAAGGCCGAGUCAACGCCAUCGACAUACAGAACUCGUUUAUGGUGGGGAAGGACCAGUCGUACGCGCGCGGGGAGACUCCCGGCGCGCUGAACGGGCAGAUUCCGUGGGCGAAGAUGACGGCGCUCGAGAACCUCGUGCUGAUUAAUCUGCAGGGCAACGACGUGUACGGGCCCGUGCUGCCGCCCAUCAUCUCCAAGUUCUCCAAGCUCAAGGAAAUCAUGUUCCAGGACAACCGGUUCGUGGGCCCCAUGCCCAACGAGAUCUCCGCGCUCAAGUCGCUCGAGAAAAUGGACGUGAGCCUGAAUCAGAUCACGGGGACCAUUCCACGUGGCAUCGCGACGCUGAGCAAUCUGACGUGGCUCGCCAUAUCGCAGAACAAGAUGGCCGACGUGCUGCCGCCCGAACUCGGCCAGUUGACUCAAAUCAAGAAGCUGGACGUUGGCGGGAACUCGUUCCAAGGCGCGCUGCCGGAGAGCUGGGGCAAGCUCGAGAAGCUGGAGCUGCUCAAUCUGCAGAAGUUGAAUCUCAACGGCUCCUUUCCGGACUCGUGGGCGGGCAUGACGUCACUGCAGCACUUCGUGGCGCCCGCGGCGCGCAUCCAGAGCCGCUUCCCGUCGUUCCUGCUCAAGCUCAAGAGCAUCAAGGACAUCAUUCUCUACAACAACGAGUUGUGGGGCCCACUGCCGCCCGCUAGCCAACUCUUCGCGCCCACGACGCUCACCAUGCUCGACGUGAGUUCCAACUUCCUCAACGGCACGGUGCCUCCGGUGCCCGCCGGCCGCAAGCUCAACUUCAAGUUCUUUACCAACUGUCUCGACACGGCCAACGACCCCACCGUGCAGGACCAGACGCCGCAGACCCCCGCUGAUUGCACCAAGUUCUACAACACCCUCAAAUACGCCUCGGAGCUGUCCAGCGCCAGCUACAAUGGCACGGAGACGGUGCAGACCACGGAGUACGUGCCGGCGUCCAAGACGCCCAUGAUCAUCGGCAUCUGUGUGUCGCUGGCGGUGGCGGUGGCGGCGGUGGGCGGCGCGGUGUGGUUCCUCUACUACACCAAGCGCGGCCAGAGCAUCUCCAAGAUGUUCACCAAGGGCCUCCGCCAGGCUACUCGCGAGUUCUCGCUGAAGCAGAUGAAGGCCGCCACCAACAACUGGCAGACGGUCAUCGGCAAGGGAGGCUACGGCACCGUCUACAAGGCCACCCUCAAGGACGGGCAGCUGGUGGCUGUGAAGCGGCUGGACCAGGUGUCGAAGCAGGGCGAUGUGGAGUUCAUCCGCGAGGUGGAGCUGCUGUCUCGCGUGCACCACCGCCACCUCGUGAACCUGGUGGGGUUCUGCGCGGAGAAGGGCGAGCGUGCGCUCAUCUACGAGUACAUGGCCAUGGGGUCGCUUUACGAGCACCUGCAUGGGGAGAGUGCCAAGGAGUACCCGCUCUCGUGGGACAGCCGCACCAAGAUCGCCAUUCACGUUGCGCUCGGCAUCGAGUACCUGCAUUACGGCGCCGACCCUCCUCUCAUCCAUCGUGAUAUCAAGUCGGCCAACAUCCUGCUGUCGGACGACGGCUACUCCAAGGUGGCUGACUUCGGCCUGUGCAAGGAAGCGCCCAUCGGCGCCGGCACGGACGGCAGCGAGCAGCUUGUGCCCACUGCUACAGCAGUGCGCGGGUCGUUCGGGUACCUGGACCCCGAGUAUGUCAACACGUCCAUCCUGUCGGAGAAGUCGGACGUGUACAGCUACGGCGUGGUGCUGCUCGAGCUCAUCUCCGGCCACAAGUCCAUCCAUGAGUGGCAGCCACUCGCCUACUGGGCGGAGGAGUACCUGGCGGACCGGGAGAAGACCCCUCUCAUGGUGGACCCGAAGCUGGAGGGCAACUUCGACCUGGACGAGCUGUACGCGCUCUGCGACAUCGCGCGCACGUGCGUGCAGGACCAGGCGGUCAACCGCCCCACCAUCCGCGACGUGGCCAAGGCGCUCGUAGAGAACCUGGGCCACGCGACCUCCAGCUACGCGGGCAGCCACCGCGACUCGGCCUCCAUCAUGUCAUCCUCUCAGUCGGACGCCACCUCGCUCCCGUCCUCCACGUACCCGUCGUCGUCCAAUGAGAGCAGCGAGUUCAGCUACCAGAAUUACAGUGAGACGCUGCACUGGGCGCCUGGGGACGAGAACGCGCAGUCAAGCAAGUCGGGGUCGGUUGCGCUGUCCAAGGGCGCCAAGGGGGAUCACCUGCCUGUGCCCGUGCCCAGGCGCCCGGAUAACCCAGAGGAUCAAGCAUGAGGGGAGGUGGAGGUUGGAAGAGAUGGGGAGGAGGUUUAGGUUGAGGGUGUUGUUGGAAAUAUCUCAAGGACUUAAGCGUUUCUGAAGUGUAACACUGUACUCGAGGAAGAUUACAGGGGAGCACGCGAGUCAACGGAGGUUACACGAGGGGGCGGACAAAGAAUGCGAAAGGACUCGAAAGGUCGCAACUGGAGGUUGCGACUGACCGUUACAACAUCACGGAUGGUAACCGAAGCGGCAAUCGAGUCGCUGUGCGACUCGAUAAACCGUUCCUGUAACUGUAUUCUACAACUGCUUUCUUAUCUUCUAUAUAUUGCUGUAUGCUUGUUUCUUUAAUCAAUCACUUGUUCUCACAUACUAGUACAA